AUGACAGAGGAGAGGUGUAAAGAAAUGGAUAUAAUCGUAAAUGAAGAUCUGAGUUUCCGCUCCGCAGAGGACAAUUCAUUGUUUCUUACAAAGAAUGAAAAUAAUAUGCCACAUUUAGAUGAUUCUACUAGUGAGAAAAAUUUGGGAAGAGAGUGGGGGGAAGACAUUUUGCGUUCAUUCGCUGCGCUGGAUCACGAAAAUAUUGAAAAAUUCGGCAAAGGCAAUGAUAGUUUAAUUCGAUUCAAAGAUUCAAUUCCGUGUGCACGCAGUUCCGCGCUUCCUUCCAACAAAUCAGCUCUUGUUCUUACCUCAAUUCGACCAAGAAAAGCAACUCCCAAAACCAUUUCAAUAAUGCAAGGAAGGCAGAAAAACAGGGCUAGCAUAUUAGUGACUAAGAAAAUCAAGAUUGCUUUAAAAAGACUGAGAAGAACAACUGAAAAAACUCGUUCAUUAAGAUUUUUUAAACAUAAACAGAGUAUUCGAACUAAUAAUGCUCAUGUGCCAGUACAUUUAGAAAAAACAGUGAAGAUCAGGGAUUCAUGGUCAAAUUCCAAAAUAAAGGAGGAUGGAAGUGAAAUCGAGGAAUUCUCCAGAAACGAAGAAAUGUCAGGAAAUUUAUGUAACGAUAGUGAUAUGAAGCUGAACCAAUCACAACGCACAAGAGGAGAUACCGAAUCUCUAGACAAGUGUAAAGAAAAGAAUCAUGUAAACUCGGGCUUAGCAUAUUCAUUUUUAACAGAAGCCAGUGAUACGAAAGGUCAUUCCGGAGAUGCAAACCAGAGUUUCUCCAAAAGUGACCAGGAAAUAAAGUAUGCUUUUGGAAACAUGAAGAGUAAAUUGCCUGUGAAAUCGUUGCCAACUGAUGUCAGUCUAGAAACUCCGAAAAAUGUCAAGACAAAUGAUUCCAAUGCCAUACUAACCUUCUCUGUUGACAAAAGUAGAGUAUCACCAGGUGGUGAAAGGUCUAAAUUUUCUCACAGUCAGAAAUUGCUUCGCCAGUCGAAGCUUUUCCUAAUGAAAAGGAGCGCUAGGUUUAGUCAAAAAUCCCUUUCACAUUCAACUUUCUCGGCUGGAAAAGAACUGUUUCCAAAUGUUGAAAAAGAGGAAUGUUUGAAAAGGCGUUGUGACGCAUCUCCUUCUUCUACACAGAAAAUAAAGACUAAAUGUGAAACUGAAUUGGAUCCUGUUGCUACUAUAAUUGCGCAAGAACUAAAUGAGAACCCUUCAAAUGGUUUGUUAGUAGAAGCGAAUACCAAGACAGAAAAGUUACGAGAAGUUCAACAGAAGCAAUAUCCGGAAAGCAAUCUUCAAGAAGUGAUUGAAGACGUUAAUACUUUCGUUGAAGAUGUAAAUAUACUGCGGCCUUGUUCUAAGGCGGAGAGAGUAAAAACAAGUAAGUGUGGCGAAAUUCCAAGUGAGCUAGUAAAACCAUCCAAUUCCGCAUUACCUAGUGUGUCGGAAGUAUCGCCUGCAUCCCGUCGCUCUACUUGUAAAACAUCCUCGAAAAUAAGCCAAAACUCACCUUAUUUAAAAAAAGCAAAACCCAAUCAGAGACAAUCUCUUCGAGAGAGAAAAGCCCACAAGAAACCAUCAGAUGAUUGCAAUGCGAAUUGUGAUAAAAGUGCAGAUUCCUCUUCUGGGAUAAUUAGAAAAACUGAAGAGAAUUUGGCAUGUGAAGAGAUAUAUAAUGUAACUCGUACUAAAUCAAGUGCCACGGAAUGCUCUGAAGAUAAACGUAAGGAACCAUGUUCGUAUAAAAAUGAAAGGUCUUGCCGAUAUUUUCUUAGAAAGAAAAGACCUACGAAUACGAAAUCAGAAACAUUAGUUACCUCGAAGGCAACAAACUCUAAAACCGGUGUUAAUGCUCAUGCAUCUCAAGUUCACGAAAUGAAAGAUGACCUUUCUUCGCGUCGCAUUGAGAAUCAAAAUGAAAAACAAGAAGUGUUUGGUUCUGAAACUCCAAAAAGUAAUUUUUCGACUAAGAAGUUCACCCAAAAUUCAUUUCUACCCAACGAUUCAGCGCAGCAGAAAGAAUGUAAAAACACAGUUAUUUCAAUGAAUCUCGAGGAGAAAUCAAAAAAGAAAAACAUAAGAAAAAGGAAAUUAUGGUUUCAAUCACCAUCUUUUGAAGAUAUUGAAGAACAAGAAAUAAACAAAACAUCAUGUUCGUCGCUUUCUCAUGAAGGCACUUGCAGAUCCCACGUAAAUAAUUACUUUCAAAAUGCGACAAACAAUUUUGGCACUUUGCAGGAUGUUGAUUCUGAAAAAGAAGGAAAUGUCGACAAGAAGUGUAAUUUGCAGCAUGAAUCGAACUGGUCACAUAAAGAAAUAGGUGACUACACCCAUUCACAAAAUAUUAGAGAUAAAAUAACACUACUUCUGCAGAAACAAGAUGCAAACAAAAUCAGAUGUGUUGCUUCAGAAGAAGCGUCACCUACUGAAACAUCUACUAAAAUCCAAAAACUUCAUAUAAAUCAACAUAUCACGAAUGCGAAAGACUGCGCUCAGGAAAAUUCUUUAUCUCUUCGACAAUAUUUGGAUGGGAGAAAUAGUUCUAUCUCUCCUCGUAUUUACAGUGAGAAUGAAACAGUUGAAGUAUGUCUUUCAAAAGAAAAAGAGAUUUUAAAAGAAACUCAUAAAAUAUCAGCUAUAAGAGAGGAUGAUAACCAAACUAGUUAUUCAGACGAAACCACCAGUUUGUUAUUUGGCAUUCAAAAGGGAAACGAAAAAGAAGUUUUAAAUUCGCAUGGUGAGCCAAAUAUUGAACAAAUAACUCCCACUACCAUUGCAAGCCCAGGCGACACUUCUCCUCAUUUAUUGCGUUCUAUCUCAGUAAGGCCAAAAAGAAUAAAAAAGAAUUCUCAUUUGGAUUCUUCAAUAGUAAAUGCAAUAAAUGGUUCGACCUCUGACAACCCUGAACAUUUUAAAAAUUCUCAUGAUCGUUUAAUACAAUUUUCUGGAGUUGAACUUAAUUCAGAGGUACAAAAUACCCUGCAGGAAAAUAUUAAAGAUACUGAAGGCGUGUCUUCAGACACGGUGAAUCGCGUUCGCAAAAAUUCAAAUAAUUAUAUAAAUAAAGAAAAGCUAUUGAAGACGCAAACUAAUAUGGUCGUAAAAGAUGCUCGAAGCUCUCUUUUGAAGGAAAACUGGCACGAAAAACAUGAUGGUUCACAAAAAGCGGGCCCAUGUAGUUUUGAUAUGGGUAUGAUUACGCACAGUCACUGUGUACCUGUUUUUCCUCUUCGUACGCUCAGGAACAAGACUCUCAUGGCAAAGCAGCUUAGUCUAAUACAAAAUACUAAUUUUAAAAUUGCUGGUGAAAUUAACAUGCCCCAGACCGCUUUAAAUUCAAAGAGUGAUUGUGAAUUUUUGAACGAUCCAGGCGAAAACAGAGAACUGCUUGAUUUAAAUGCCAUAGGUUUCGCUACAAACACUGAUGGUUCAGAACCGAUAAUGUGUCUUGACAAACUACCAGUGUACCCCGGUUCGAUCACAAUAAAGAACGUUCAGGAAAUUAAUGAAUCACAUACAGAUUUGGUCCAUAAUUCGUUGACGGGUUCUAACGAUGAAAAUUUGUUGAUUCCUGAUACGGAACACGACUCCGAAGAAAACGAAAAAUUUAAAAACUCACUAUUAAUGGCAAGUCGAACGGUUUCACGUUUGCCUACUGAAUCAACAAAUAAAUGUGAGGAGCAAAUUAAUAACAGGGACCCUGCUCAUAGUUUACGAAGCAAUGCUAGUGAAGCUGGAGGAAUCCUGAACCGUGUCUCAGACUCGAGAAACAAUGGAGAGUUGCCAAUGGAGAGUUGCCUUUAUAGGCCGGAGGGUACAGAAAACGUUACUCACACUUCACUUCCUGAUUCUACGAAAGACAUAGCUAACACAAAACAUGAAUCAUCUCUGAUCGUAAGUGAUCCCAUAAGCAUGUCUACUCACAAUAAAUCUAAGUUAGAAUGUUUAACGAGGGAGAAGAUUCACAACGCAUUAGGCAAUUCCCUUGAUUCUUACAAGAAAAAUAAAUAUCAUUCAGAAAUGAUCUCUGUAUCAUCAGAACUUCUUGAAAAUUGGAAACAUGAAUUAAAAGUAAAGAGAAGCCUGUUUUUUCAACAAAAUUCACCUGGUGUCGCAACUUGCGACAACAAAAUAACUUUGACGUCCAGUUCAGACAUGGUUACUCCACAGGACGAUGGAUACGAAGACUUACGAAUUCCAGUCGGUGAACAACACAAAGAAGGCGUUCUUGAUUCUUUCAUUCACAUCUUAACAAAAAAUGGAGAUAAGAUUUAUGUUAUUACAUGUGUUUCUCCGGAAAAUAAAAAACACACGAAAAAAGAUAAUGGACAGGAUUUGCAAGAAAAUGCUUCAGAUUCUUCAGGGAAAGAAAAAAUGGCUAUGGUACCGUUGACGUCACCUUUCAAAUGUAAUGUUUCAAAUAGAGAAAAUAAAGAAAAGCUUAUGGAAAAUCAAAACAGUGAGAAAGCAUGUAGCGGAACUUCUAAAGUAAAUGAAGAAACAGAAAACAUUGACCAUCAACACGAUUUGUUUUUUAUACAUGAUAAAAAAAGCGCAGAACCAGAUCGUUCCGCAUCUUGUGUUAAAAUGAAGGGCACUGAAUAUGAUAGAAUAAUUCCAUCAAAAGGGAAAUUCGAGUCUCCCAUAGAGGUACGUCAGGUCGGAAAACUUACUUCGUGCAAAUGUGAUAGAGACAAUACGUAUAUACAGAAGGAAUUAAGGACAAGUGCAAAGGCUGUUAGAAACAAAAAAGUUGUUGUAAAAAGUUCGCGUUCUCCUUACAUGUUAAGAAAUGCGAAACUCGAAGAAAAUCAUUUGUCUUUGCAAAGUAAGAAAAAGAGACAAUGCAACAAUAAACCAGCAGCAAAACAAUCUGGAUUGUAUGUUCAGGACAAUUCGCUCCAAAAGUUGUCACAUCCUUCUUUUCUAUUAGCUGAAAUUACAAGGAUGGCUCGUUCUCCGUAUUUACUCCGAAACAGGAAAAUCAGAAGUCAGCUUUCGUUUCACAAUCAUUCAAAACAAAUGAGAACAGUUAGAGAAGUUACAACUCACUCAGUGAAGAAGUCUUGUAUCAAAUCAGGAAGCAAUAGUUACGGACUGGAAGAUGAUAAUAGGAAGAAACGAUCACCUUACAAGCUCAGAAAUAAUGCAAGAAGGAAGUCUUGCAACAACUCAAAUACAAAGAAUAAACGGAAAACUCACACAGGCAACAAAAGAAAAUCACCCACUAGUCGUGUAAAGCAAGGACAUUUGGUUUCUACUAUUUUGUCCACUCUGGCUAUGAUUUCACGUUCACCACAUUUAAGUAUGCUGGAAAGAAAAACAUUUCAGCGUGCGAAAAAAAGAUUUCACAUCAGUUCCAAACGAAAGAAAGUAGUGCGUGCUUCUACCGAGAAAAUUCAAGAUGAUGUUGGAAUUCAGAUUGCAUCUGGGGUACCCGUGCCAACAAGUGCAGCAGAUUCAUGCAUUUCAAUAAGCAAGGAGGAUGAAAGAGAAUUUGAAAAGGAAGGUAAACUCUCUACUACAAGUGUAUAUUCGGAUUUGGAGUGUCAGAUAUUACCAGAAUCACCAGAACAUAAGACUUCAACACACGAUUUUUCAGAAGUUGAGAAGUAUCCAACAUUUGUGACUGAGCGCAUGGAGGAUAAGACUCUUUCGUCCCACCUUCCUUGUAAUGUGGAUACCAUGAAGUCAAAAGGAGAGGAGACACUUCGCGAAUCGCAUUCUUUCGCUAUGGCGGGACAAAGAGAAAAUAGAGAGAACGAACUAAAUGAGCUAAAUUCUGAUAUUAGCACACAUCCAAAAAUUGCAAUAGAGCCAGAGCAGAUACCUUCAGAAGCGAUUGCAUUGGACAAGAAUCUUUUUGAAACCUCGUUCGAGUACGAGACAACAUUUGAGAACUUUCUUCCUCAAAUUCCGAUUUUAGUGGACCAAAACUCGGAAGCAGCGGAAAAAGACCAUUCUUCACCUCACGAAAGGAAAGAGAACAUUGACUCAUCGACAAAGAAGCACACACCGCUAGACACCAACAUUUAUUGUUCAUAUUCAGAAAAUUGUGAAGAAAAUAUUGAAAUAUCUGAGGUUAACAAAUGCAUUACAUCGAUUAUGAAGAAAUAUAAAAAUUCUCCUAAUUGGGGCGAAAACAAGCAUGAGGAAAUACCAUUAUCUUCCACCUUUCCGCGCCAAACACAGAAUUGCACUUUUUUAAAAAAGAAGGAACAAAGCAUUCAGUUUUUGAGUUCUCCAUUCUUGCAACAAUUUACUGCUGACAAACGUAAUUUUCCGUGCAAAUCGUCUAUCAAGGCGCAGAAGAAAAAACGUAUGAAUACAAAUUUACGACUUGUCACUAAUGCGUAUGCGAAUGUAGCUUUGCAUUCAGAAGAAGGAUCUUCAGGGUCUAAUAGUUUAGAAGAGAAUAACCCUCAUUUAUCUGUUCUUAGUCAAGGAAGAAAUAAAAGUAGUUUUGAAGGAAGCUGUUGGUUAAAUGACGAGAUAAGAAAACUUUUCCCAUUGCCGCAAUGUUUAGACGAAAGUAAUAACAGAAUUAUGUCUUCAUCCACUUUUAUUUGGUUAUGUUCAGAAAAAAAGUCUAGAGAAUCUCGUUUUCCUUUGUUAAAGAAGACGAAAAAAACAAAAUCAAAGAAAAUAUCAGAGAAGCAAAGGGGUUGGGCUUUGAGCAACAAUAUUUUAUCUCAUUCAGUAUCUGUCACUGGAAGGAAAAAAUUUAAGCCUACAAUAAUUGAAAAGAAAUGUGAAGAAAAUAACAAAAAACAACUCUGUUCGAAACAUUUAACCAGUCAGAUAAAAAAUAGAGUGAAUGCAAGGAAAUUGGUCACGAAUAACGAGAAAUCAAACGCGCUUCGGACGCUACAAGAACAUCAAAAUCCGAGGGGAAUUGCGAACUCCGAAUUUCGCCCGGUAGUAAAUAAGAGAAUUUCUUUCAAAAGCCGUGAACAUCUUUUAUCUUCAGCUAAAAGUAAUUAUGUAUUUCCUAAAUCCGAUGCUGGAAAGAAAACUCAAAAACUGCUUCAUUCGCCAGCUGACGAAGGUCGUCACGUAUCACGCAUUUUAUCCUGCAGUCAAACCUCGAAGUUGGAGUCUUUUAAACCGAUGUGUCAAGAAGAGGUGAUGAAGCAGGACCAACACUCAGCCCAAUUAGCCUCAGUCAAAGUAAAGAAUCUUAAAAUCUUAAAACAUAUUCAGAAGGCCGAGUCGAAGUUAAUGGUAAAGGCAAGUGCUAAUUCAAAUGCACAAGCUUUAAUAAAUAAGCACCACGAAAAAUCUGGAAAGAUUUCAGAAGCUUUACAAAAGAGUUUUGAGUUUGAAAUAAAAAGAAAAUCAAAAAAGGCUGGAAUGUCGAGGCCACGUGUGCAUAGUGGUUAUACUAGGAGCACUUCAUCAAUUACAAAUGUUGCUGACUCAAAUUUACUUCCAGGAAACGCCACCAAUAAAGGAAGUAAAUCAGGUAUACCAGUGCUUUAUUUGAAACCGGAAGUGACCGAGGUCAAACACUCAGAAAAGUUUCAAAAUACUGACGUACAUAAAAGAGAAGCAGUAGAAUGUAAAGCUUCCAAAACCGAUCGCGAUCAAGAUGCUAUAAAAUUCCUCAAACACAUGUAUAGUAUCUCCUAUUCGGCCGCUAAAAUGAAGUCUAGGAAACAUAUUUCAUCUUCACAUAUCCUCACUAGAUUAAUAAAUGACUCCAAAUUGCAAGCAAAACGGCGUAAAAUAAAUAAUGGAACUUCCACUGCAGGCAAACUUACCUCGGAGCUUCCGACAAAGAAAGCAUUGACGACGAGAAAGCAAAACGAUAUGACAACUCCUAUGACCGAUGGAUACGAAGAUGUAAAACUGAAUGUGCUACGAUCAUUUGCGCUGCGUGAAGACUACAACAACGAAAAUGCAUCACAAAGUUCUAUUCCUAAGGCAUCAAAGAAAAUUAAUCGGAGUUUGGGUAACCGUGGGACAUCUACCACACAAGAAAGAAAAAGGAAGAGACUUUCAUCAUUUCCCUCACAUACAAGGAACAGCAUGUUAAAGAGAAAACAACCAACAGGCAGUGGUAAGCUCCAGGAUCAAGAAUCUUCUUACGAGGAUACAGGUGUAACGCAUGCUAAGCAGACAAGUCAUGCAACGUCGCAGCCACCGACGGAGUUCUCAUGCACCAAGGAUGCGAGAUCUGGAAGUCUGUCGAGUAGUAACGUCCCACCUCAAGUAUAUAAGUCAUCAUUCUCUCGCGAGCGCUGGCAGAACCUGGCGCUGGACCUCUUCUCGCCCGACAAGCGCGCCUUGGAGCGCGCGGUGCAGGGCGCCAAGCGGCAGCUAGCGUCUCGCGCCUCGCCCGCGCCACAGCCCACGGCACGCACUCGGACCCCCUCCCGUCCCACAGGGCUGGACGAGGUCACGCGCAGGUUGUGGAGUCUGGAGUAG